AUGAAUAUAGUGAUUAUUUUCCACAUCACUCUCUACUCCACCAGGGUGUUCAGUAGAGAGGGCACCAGCACAGUGACAGUACGGUCUCCCAGUGGGGGACAGCACCUCUUCAAUGUGAACCAAAACAACAAGCUUCUCUACCAGGAGAGGGCGCUGCAGGACACAGAAGGAAAGUACAACGUGGAAGUGAAGGGCAGUGCUUGUGCCUCAGUGCAGAUGGCGCUCCACUACAACAUCCCUACUCCUACUGACAGCACAACGCUCAGCAUCAAGGUGAAGACAGAGGUCGACUGCAACAGCAACUCUUUGAGACCCAGAGUCACACUGAAACUCCAGUCUCAAUAUCAUGGAAAGGAGCUGACCACCAAUAUGAUUAUAGUGGAUUUGAAAAUGUUGUCUGGGUUUGCCCCAGACCCAGAGUCUUUGGGGAGGCUGAGGAGUUCACUUCAAGUGAAUCGUGUUGAUACUAAAGAUGACCAUGUGUUAAUGUACUUGACAGAGGUGAGACCAAAACCAAAUCAUAAAUUCUAUCAACUCUUAUGGCAACAUAUGUCCAUUGGUUUGUCCAAAUUGCUCAAGAUCAGUAAAUUUGGUUAGGAAUCAUUGAUCGACAGCAAUAUUCAAACCUUUGAUUUUCACAUUUUAGACCACUCAGGAACACUCUCAACACCUCUUGGUAAGCAAUUCUGGUCUUAGGCAUAAACAUUUGUUUAAUUGUCCGUCUGA